ACAUCUAAACUCAAAACGAACAGUUGACUCCAGCAAAUUUGAAGUGUCUUAAUUGAUUAGUUAUUCAAAGUAAACACAUACUCCUUUCUUAUCAAGUACUAUACGACCAGAUCUUUCAAAUAGCAUAAGAAAGUAUCUCAUUUAUCUUCUUCCUACUCAGACUCCAAAGCUUUAGAUACAAUGGGAAGAGUUGAUUCCUCUAAUGAAACUGAAAAUCCUCAGCCAGUCGGCGGUGUGCCAGGAACUCCAUGGAGCACUGGCUUAUUUGAUUGUCAUUUGGACCAAACUAAUGCUGCCAUGACAGCGUUUUUACCUUGUGUGACGUUCGGACAGAUAGCUGAAGUUCAAGAUGCAGGAGAAAUGACUUGUCCAUUGGGGUCUUUUAUGUACCUCUUGAUGAUGCCUGCUGUUUGCUCUCACUGGAUCAUGGGCUCCAAGUACAGAACAAAGUUGAGGCAGAGGUACAAUCUGGUGGAAGCUCCCUAUUCAGAUGUAGUUGCUCACAUCUUUUUUCCAUUUUGUUCACUUUGUCAAGAGUUCAGAGAGCUUCGUAUUAGGGGACUCGAUCCAGCUCUAGGCUGGAAUGGCAUCGUUGCUCAGCAGCAAUAUGGAAACCAGCAAAUGAAUCAAGCUCCCUCAGUACAAUCCAUGUACAAGUAAAUUAAGGUUGUAAUUUUUAAUUUUUUACCAAAUUCUAUUCAUGUUUGAAGUUUAUAUCCUUUUAAUUCAUGCACCUGUUUGUAAUAUUGUUCCAUUUCAGUUAUAAUGAAAUUUUCUUUUUAUUUAAAGAAAUGCUCUAG